UUGAAAGGGUUUUUAGGAGUUGCAGUAGCAGAGCAGGGCAGCCACCUUUUCGUUCUCCAGGCAGUCGUAAUCGUCGAAGAUGCCAAAGUCCAAGCGUAACAAGAUAGUUUCAUUAUCAAAGACAAAGAAGAAGGGAAGGGAACAUAAAGAGUCAAUAGUGAAUGCAAUAAGGGAAGCUGCGGAAAGUUACAAUUCUAUCUAUGUUUUCUCUUUUGAAAACAUGAGGAAUCUUAAGCUCAAGGAGUUUAGAGAGCAGCUCAAAUCUACCAGCAGAUUUUUCCUUGGUUCAAAUAAAGUGAUGCAAGUUGCACUAGGUCGUUCUGCUUCUGAUGAGAUUAGACCAGGUCUUUACAAAGUUUCUAAGCUUCUGCGUGGGGAUGCUGGACUCUUUCUUACCAACAUGCCGAGAGAUGAAGUGGAGAGCUUAUUUAAUAAAUUUGAAGAAACUGACUUUGCGAGGACAGGAAGCAUUGCAACCGAAAAGGUGGAACUUUUAGAAGGUCCUUUGGAUCAGUUCACGCAUGAGAUGGAGCCCUUUUUGCGCAAGCAAGGACUGCCUGUUCGGUUGAACAAAGGUGUUGUAGAACUUGUUUCAGACUUUGUUGUCUGCGAGGAGGGAAAGCCUUUGUCACCUGAGUCAGCUCGUCUACUGCGCUUGUUGGGGAUCAAAAUGGCCACUUUCCGACUAAACUUGAUCUGCAGAUGGAGCCCCGAGGACUUUGAACUUUAUAAAGAAGCACUAGAUGAAUCGGAUGUUGAAUCUGCCUAGACAGAAGAUCACAUUAAAAGGGGUUGGAUCAUUCGAAUUAUAGGUCAUGGGUAUCCAUCUCGAUUGUUGUGGAGGACAACAUUGAAUAUUACAAAGUAAUGCAGCAGAAGUGGUGUAGGCGGUUUCUCAGUUUUGUCUGGAUGUCUGGCUGGUGAAGUCUUGACUAGAUUGUGUUUCAUUGACUGGUGUUAUUCUGCAAGCUGCUGCACUAAAUUUUGGUCAUUUUUCUAUUCUUGCAUCAUGUGCUUUUCUCUGUAUAAUCUUCUGUUUGUAGUAUUAAAUCUACAUUUGAGUUGCAGAAUAUCAAAAAUUGCAUGCAAUUUAU